GGAAAUACCCUACUAUUGAAGUAAUGACCUCUAGCUCGCCGCAGAGCUACGGCAACCACUAUCGUUCGUCGCACUGGACUCGUUCAGGAUUGCAACGCUGCUUCCGUCAAUCUCUUCGGCGACCUUGGUCGCUUACCGUGCAAUAGCCGUCGCAAUGCAAGGGCAUACCGCAGCGGUUGGGUGCCCGACGCGCCGGCUGGGUUUCACAAUUGCCCACCAUCGGACGGAAAGGACUGGCUUGGCGCUGGCGUCACAGUGCUUACGAGGCUUCCCGUCUCUUCCUGGCAACAUGCCAGUCGCCGUAUCAGUACCGGGCAGCGGUUCUCCUUGCCACCAUGCCCUUCCCUUGCGCCCACUUCUAGUCGCAAAUGCAAGCGUGCGCGCAACUUCUACACUCACGUCAGGCUCAGCUUCAAACACAGCCAGCACCACUGCUUUUCCUGCAUCCAUCUUCGCCUCCCUCUGCCCUAACCGUCAUCCAGUCAGACCCAUGGGUCCGUCCGCCUCCUUGGCGCCUUCCAGAUCCCUCGCCACCGCCGUACACGCAUCUGCCGUACCAUCGCUCGCUAGCGGCUCGUACAGCACCGCUGCUGCUGCAUGCUACACCCCGGCAGCAUCUGCCUCAGCCCCCGUUGCUGCAGGUACUCCAGCAAGCAGCCCCCAGCAACAGGCUUGUACGCAGGAUACGUCGCAGGCUGGGGCAGGGCGGCGGCGGCAGCAGCGCCCCGCUGCUGUGGUGUUGGGUAUUGAGAGCAGCUGCGAUGACACGGGGGUGGCGGUGGUGACGUCAGAGGGGCGAGUGCUUGGGGAGGCGAUCGCCACGCAGGCGGACGUACACGCGCCGUGGGGCGGCGUGGUCCCCACUCUGGCUCGAGACGCGCACGCUGCCGCCAUAGACCGCACCGUAGCGGCUGCGCUGGCGGCUGCGGGGCUGCAGCCGCAGCAGCUGAGCGCCAUCGCUGUCACACAGGGCCCGGGGCUGGGGCUGUGCCUGAGGGUGGGUGUUUCCAAGGCACGAGAUCUGGCAAGGAAGUACGGCAUUCCGCUGGUUUCCGUACACCAUAUGGAGGCGCAUGCACUGGUAGCCCGGUUGCCGCCGGCUGCAGCGGAGGCGGCCGCGCCUGCCGUACGGUUAGCCGCCGCCACUGCCCCUGACCAGCCUAGCAGCUCAUCUACAAGUGAACCGCAGCAGAUGGUUCUCAGGUUGUUGGAGCAACCACAACAGGAUGCAGUACAGCAGCAGCAGCAGCAGCAGCAGCAGCAAUUGGCGCAACGACAAGAGGAGCAGGAGUCCCAACAACGGCAACUGUCUGAAGCGUGUCAACAGGAACAGCAGGAUGGAGGGUUAUCGCAAACUGCAGAGCUCGUGCACCAACAAGAACAGCAACAGCAACAGCAACAACCCUGUCUCCCGGCUCACCAGGGCCAUCAACAGCAAGCCACCCCUAAUCAAAACACCGCAACAGAAACACCAUCAUCCUUCCAAUCAAAUGGCGUUAACUCCUCAACCAACAGCAGUUCGUCCAUCCCCAAUACCGUCAACAGCUCUGCCGUACAAGCCCACGCUGUUGUACGCCCCAACAGCGCUGCCGUACAAGUCGACGCAGCAGCUGUGCUGGGGGACGUGGGCGCCGCCACGGCUGGCCUGCCGUUCCCCUUCCUGUGUCUGCUGGUGUCGGGGGGCCACAACCUGUUGGUGCUGGUGCGGGGGGUGGGCAGCUACGUGCAGCUGGGGACCACCCUGGAUGAUGCGCUGGGUGAGGCGUACGACAAGGUCGCCCGCCUGAUGGAGCUGGAGCUGCGGCCGCACGGGGGGGCGGCUCUGGAGGCGCUGGCAAGGGAUGGCGACCCAAAGGCCUACAACUUCCCCGUGCCCAUGCGCAAGCACGCCACCUGCGACUUCUCCUUCGCCGGCCUCAAGACCAGCACCCGCCUGGCAAUAGAGCGGGAGCUGGCGCCCCCGGCCUCGCAGCACCUAACACCGCAGCAGCUGCACCAGGUCCGAGCCAACAUCGCCGCCUCCUUCCAGUCGGUGGCUGUACGGCACCUGCUGGACCGCACCCGCCGCGGAGUGGCCUGGGCGCGGGAGCUGCUGACGGCGGAGCACACCCGGCAGCAGCAACAGCAGCAGCAGCAGGCUGGGCAACCGCAGCAGCAAGCAGGGCAAGAGCAGGCUGAGCAGCAACCUCAGCAGCCCGAGCUUCAUCAGCAGCUCGAGCAACCGCAGGCUGAACAUCAGCAGCCACAACAGCCGCAGGCCGAACAGCAGCCCCAGCAGCAGGCAGCCCCCCGGCAGUUGGGCCACCUGGUUGUUGCGGGCGGGGUGGCAUGCAACCGGGUGGUGCGGGACAGCCUGCAGCAGCUAGCGGACGCGGAGGGGCUGCAGCUGGUGCUGCCCCCGACCCGCUGGUGCACCGACAACGGGGUCAUGGUGGCCUGGGCGGGCAUGGAACGACUGGCCCGGGGCUGGGCGGAACCCCCACCGCCGCCCCUGCCGCUACCCCUACCCCGACAAGCACCCUCAGCUACCCCUACCGCUUGCGAGGACGGGGCAGCAAGCGCAGAGGCAGGUACGGCAAGCACGGAACCGGCUGCCGGUUCCGGAGCUCCGGUGAGUGAUCUAGCUGCUGCGACGGUGGCGGCGGCGGCGAUAGCUGCGGUGAGGGAGGCGGAGGAGGAGUGGAUUGAGUUGAAGCCGCGGUGGCCGCUGACCAGCGAGCUGCACCCCCGCAGUGCCGCCGCGCAGGGCGAGCAGCGGAGGUCGAUGAAGAAGGUGCGACUGGCAGUCCCUCUGAGCGAUCUGGC